CUCUGUUCCAACGUCAGAGAACCUUCAACGACAAUCAUUCCAUCCCAGGAGGGCCUUCACCCGAAUCCACCGCUUCUUUAAUCUGUUUAUUCUUACAUUCCAAUCAAUCCGAUCCAUCUCUUAUUCUGGUGCCUUUCAAACCGUUGGGUCUCGACAGCUAACGUGCAUGGCCUGGCCCACCUUCAAGCUCCAGCAAAGCUUCUCUUGGUGGUAUCCAUCUAUCCUGCAGUUCGACGGCUUGCUUUCGAACCCAGAGUCGCUAUGCUUGUCAAGCUUGAUUCUUCGACCACGGUAGCUAGUCCUUCCAUGCUGCUUCGAAUCGUCAGCCAAAACAUCCGGUACGCCACAAAUCAUCCCACUCCUAAAGAAAAGCUGUGGAACGUUCGCGGUCCGAAACUCUGUAACCAGCUGGACUUUAUCACGUCUGGCCAUGGUUCAGCUUUCAUAUGUCUUCAAGAAGUCCUUUAUUCGCAACUCGAAGACGUCCGGUCCUAUCUCGGUCCUGAAUGGGGUUACAUUGGUGUCGGUCGCGACGAUGGAAAGCGAAGUGGCGAGUUUUCCCCCGUGUUUUUCCAGAUUGACCGUUGGGAGUGCGAGCGAAAUCAGACAUUAUGGCUGAGCAAGACGCCACAAAAACCAUCUAGGGGAUGGGAUGCAGCACUGAACCGCGUCGUCACUGUGGGAGAGUUUGUCGACAAGCAAACCGGCACGAGAGUGAUUGUCAUGAGCACACAUUUUGAUCACAAAGGAGUCGUGGCGCGAGAGGAAAGCGCCAAACUGAUUCUCAACGUUGCUCGAGAGUGGAGCAAGGGCGCGAACGGCAAACCUCCUACCACCGUUUUGCUCGCGGGCGAUUUCAACAGUACGCCCGCGGACAACGCAUACAAAACAAUGGUGGCACCCGAGUCAGGCAUGGUCGAUGUUUCAGCGCAGGUCCCCGAAGAAAAGAGGUAUGGAAACGAGCUGACCUAUACGUCCUUCGAUGAGCCGAACGAAGAGCCACAAAGAAUCGACUUUCUGUUCGUCAAGAACCCGAGCCCCGUCACUAUCAGGACCUUUGGGGUGUUAUCCAACAAAUUCGACGAUGAUGUCUUCCUAUCCGACCACAGGCCGGUCGUCGCCGACGUGGAGAUUCCUGUCUUACGGGCAGUGAAGACCGAUUGACCAGAACCCCACUUUCAGUCGUGGCUUGCUUCGUGCUUUGUUACGCAACGCACGCAACGCAAAACGGGCAACGCAGUUGAGGCAGACCUAGACCUGUUCGAUGCUCCGGGACAUGUAGCAUGGCGUUGUCGUAUCUUCGAAAUGUGCUCGCCAGCAUGCAGUACAUGUGCACUUGGCUUUGUAUUGAGCGAAACGUCUCGGGGCAGCGAAUUGUGCCGAGCACAACUAAGACAACCAAUCUCUAAUGAGAAUAAUGUCCGGUAUUAAAGUCAAAUUUGAGCUUCCAAACUCAGCUGGAAGGCGCCGGCACACCGCCUGAGAAGACGGUCUCGGCGCGUCAUCCCGAGUCUUGCCGUGAGCUGGCUUGUUUUUGUUCGCCU